AAAAAAAAUAAAAAAAAAUUGUGAAGGAGUUUAUAAUUACAUUCUGAUUGUAACGAUGUAUUCUAAAAUAGAAUCCUAGUGUAGUGAGGGAUUCAAGUGUUAACGCCUAAGGGUGGUAUUCCACCUAUGCAAAUUCUUUGUCCAAUGUGUAUUGUGUCUCACAUUUUGCUUAAUGACAGAGUGAGUGAGACCUAUCCACUAUAUAACAUACAACUUAAAUGUGGACUCGGUCCUAACUUGAUUUCGAGUACAAAAUUUGUAGACAGGAGUCUAUGUUUCAACCCUCCCCAUUUUAUCGAUAUCGAUAAGAAACGCAAGCGUGUAGCGUACUACAUUAUUUAAAUCGCUUAUGUUGGUACUAUCGUUCUUAGACAGUUCUUUGUCGUACAUUUUGGUAAUGAUUUGCGAAACAAACUGUUUCCACUCGCUAGUAUGGGAGUCCCGUCUCUUAAAACGUAGUGAUUAUAAGCUCUAGUUUACCCAUUUAUAUUUUCGAAUGUCAAAAGCACGUCUAAAUGUCAAAAUGGAAUAAAAGAAUCGAUAAAUCCUUUUUUUUUAAUCGUAGUUAAAUGCAAACAAAUACCAAUUUUAAUCAAUUUUUAUAAUUAAUUUUAAUCACUUUUAGCGGUUCUAUAUUACUACGUUGUCGUCACAUAGUGCCGAUAGUCAACAACUUUAGCAAAUCGAGUUCAACAAGUUAUUGUUAUAGUAUAAUGGAAUUUAUAGAGCUUAUAUCAAUAAAUAAACUGGAUGGUGUUAUUUUAAAAUAUCCUCACCAGGAUAACGUCGAUGGAACGGUGUGUAUCACUGGACAUCAUCUCAUUUUAAGUUCACGAAAAGAAGGCGUUCGCGAACUAUGGCUUCUUCAUAGAAACAUAGAUAGCAUUGAAAAGAAAGAAAACAAGCCUGUGAAUGGCAUUACGCAGGGUGGUUCCUUGUUCUUGAAGUGCAAAGAUCUGCGGAUAUUCCAGCUCGACAUCAGCUCUAGCACGGAACUAAACAUGCUGGCUCAAACCUUAGAAAACCUCUCUGGGCUACAAGAUCCCAGCCUUUUCUAUCCAUUUUUUUAUAGACAUAUGCACCCAAUUAUGGAAAAUGGGCAUACAUUAUACAGUAUAGAAGGUGAAUUCACAAAAGUGCUGGCAACAGAGGAGUGGAGGAUAUCUCGAGUCAACCAAAACUACACCGUGUGCCCGGCAUACCCAAAGGCAGUGGUUGUCCCCAAAAGUGUAGAUGAUGAUAUUUUAGCACUGGCUGCAACAUUCAGACAAGGUGGCCGAUUUCCUGUGCUCUCAUAUAGGCACAACAAUGGGGCAGUACUGCUGCGGGCGGGGCAGCCGCUGUACGGGCCGAAGCACCGGCGCUGCCGGCCCGACGAGGCCAUCCUCAACGCCGUCGUGGGCCCGGGCAUGAAGGGCAUCAUAUACGAUCUGAGGAGCACCAAUUCCAUUUCACAGCAGCAGAGUAAAGGUGGUGGCACAGAGAGCAACUCUAACUACUCUCAGUGGAAGAUCUACAACAGGUCGAUGGAUGACGUUGAUAACCAGCAACAGCUACUGGAUAGUUACGCCAAACUUAUUGAAGCCUGCAACGACCGCGAGAUAUCGAGCGACAAGUGGAUAUCGCGGCUGGAGUCGUGCGGCUGGCCGGAGAGCGUCCGCAACGCGCUGCACACCGCCUGCAUCGUCGCGCAGCACAUACACCAGAAGGCCGAGCCGGUGCUGGUGCACGGCACGCGCGGCGAGGACGCCACGCUGCUCGUGUGCUCACUGGUGCAGAUUAUACUAAAUCCCGACUGCAGGACUAUACGCGGUUUGCAGGCGCUAGUCGAGCGCGAGUGGCUGGCGGCGGGGCACCCGUUCGGGGCGCGCCACCGCUGCGGGCCGUACUCGGCCGCCCCCCGCGCCGCCCCCACCUUCCUGCUGCUUCUCGACUGCGUGCGGCAGUUCCUCGAGCAGUACCCCUGCAGCUUCGAGUACCGCCAGUCCUUCCUCAUCACGCUGUUCGAGCACUCGUACGCGAGUCAGUUCGGGACCUUUCUAUGCGACAGCGAGCAGGAGCGCGAGUACCGCGGCGUGAGCGAGCAGACGACCAGCGUCUGGUCGUGGAUCAACCAACCGGACGAGCUCUCCGCCUACAUCAACCCGCUGUACGACCCCACGCCGACCGUCAUCUGGCCCUCCGUGGCGCCCAUGAGCUUCGUCAUAUGGGAGGAGCUGUACCUGCGCUGGUCGAUCCCCCAGUCGACGGAGCAGCGCGAGGAGCAGUACGGCGUGAUCCGCGCGCGCGAGCAGUCGUUACGGGCGCGGGCGCACGCGCUACGCCGCGAGCUGCUCGACCUCGCCGCGCAGUACUACGCGCCGCAGGACAAGCAGGAACUGCUGCUACACAACUAGCUAAACCUUCAAUUAUUAUUGCGCAGUGCAGAUGAGUAAACAUAAUCUUUAUAUUACGCGUCGCAGGACAGGCGUGAACUGAGAGCUAACCUCAACAGAGAGCGGACCUUUGCCUUCAUGGGCCCAAAUAUUCAAUUAUUACUGUGCCCAUACAUAGAUGUAACUUUAAUAUUACGCACCGCAGGACGAACCAGGGAGGAACAGCUUUAAAAUAUCGCAAGCCUUCACGGUUGUAGCUCUUUUAACUCUGACGGUUCGAGCUUUUAAAAGGCCCCGAAUCGGGAAUAGUUUACUUCUAAAGUGAUCGAACUGACCGAUAGAAAUACAUAUACAGUUGCCGUAAGGUAUCGUUUGAUAUGCAAAUCCAAAUAUGAUUAUUGAUUAUAAAUUUGUAUGUUCAUUUAAAGUUACCCAUCUAUGAAGAAUGUUCGAGUUAACACAUCUAGACUCGUCGUUAUAAUUUUCCCUCAUAUCAGAGAUUGCAACAAGCAACAACAACAAGUACCUAUAUUUCUAUUAAAAACGUGCUCAUGGUGUCUUUACCGCUUUACAGUUUAUGACGUUAAUAAGAUACGUUUUAUUACUCAUAGGACAAAGUUCGGUUCUGCAGUUUGGUACAGUGAGCUGCGAGAUUGCAUAGAGUAAUUAUGAACGAACUCAUUGAUAAAGUCACCACGGACUUUUGAAGCUGAUGGUACAUGAGAUUGAUUUACGUAGCAGUUUCAUUGCUGUUUGUGAAUGCAGCUCGAGGAAGGAUAAGGAGCUUUACAUUGUGUUUAAGAAUAUUAUUCCAUAACCUAAGGCUGAUUUGAGACGCGCGGAAAUCAACCAACAGCAUUGGUGCUCUUCUCCGCUCCGAAUGAUAUUGGUUGGUUUCUCAGUGGAAACUCGUGGCUCACUGUGGGACUUGGUCAAUUUGUGUAAAAUAAAAAGCAGUGUAUACGCCAUUUGUGGACUGUUCCUUUAAUAUUUAUUUAGUUUAUCGGUUCUUACGUUUCGAGCGAAUGUUAUUUUCGUUUUAAACUUAACACUGACCUCACAGUUAACACCGAUUGUAGUUAGGUAUAUUGGAUAACUAUUGUAGGUAGGUAGAUUGUGUAACGCCUGUGUGUUACUUAUUGGUAAAGUCAAAAUGAUAACUGCAAUUAUGAAAUGUAUAACAAAGAGAAAGAUACAAACUGCCAGCUAAUAAGUAAUUAACGUAAGUAGUUAUUAUACCGAUGUAGGGCCAAUAUUUUAUCAAGUAGGUACAUAUAGAUAGUUAGACAUCUUGUUUUCAAUCGUUUUCUGUCCAGGUAAAGCCAUCAAUUGCUUUUAUAAACAAUAAGUCAAUAAUACGCCUUCAAUACAUUUCUUGGUAUAUUAUCGGGUUUUGCUAUUAGCAUCUCUCGCCCCAAUACGUCAAACGAAAACAAAUAAAAAUAUAAUGUGAUCGAAACUGAACACAGUAUCGUAAUAUCAUAGGAUUCAUAGGACAGGACAUCGGAUUAUCAGAUGAGACAGGAAACAGAUACGGCAAACCGCAAAAUAUACAUUAGCAAGCGAUCGACAUGCAAUAACCCAUUUAUUUAUAUGAAAAGAAUAAUCCGGUCCUUGGUUUCCGCUUUGUAUCACCAAAGAAGUAUUUAGAUUUUAGUUUGUAGAACGCUGACCGACGCCACACGACGACCGCGCGUGAGCAGUGAGUACACCACAGCUGUGUUUAUAUUCUAUUUAUAUACUAGAAUGACUGUUUGAUUGACUACCUAAUUAUUUUGGCGGUGUACCGAUUUUGUACUAAUACUACAGAUCGGUUGGACACAUUACAGCAUUGGGGCAAACACAGGGAGAAAAAAAUUGGGGAGCUGAUGUAGAAAAACAAAGGAAUAUUGCCUUAACACAGUUAUAACUCGCGGCCGUGCGUUUUUAUUACGUGGAUCCAUGGCAUAAGUUUAAUGGUAAAAUAACUUGAAGUAUCUAAAGUACUCUGUAGAAUUGUUUACGAAUGGAUGCCAGACAGGGCUUACACUAACAACCCCAAUACCGAGCAUUACAACGGCUUUACCUAAUCGCUGUUUUGCUUUCGUAUAAUUUAUAAGAUAUUCGUCUAAAAUAUAUACAAUCCCAAAUAAAUUAUUUAUUUUUGUAAACUCGUAGAACUGACGUAUAUAAUCGUGUACACUGGCAAGACAUACAUACAUAUAUGGCCCAAUGUCAUCAUAUAAUAAACCCUAAACAAAUAUCCUACUUAUGAUAUACUUCAAUGUGAAAAUUGUUGUAAAAUGGGUGUCUAUUUCCAAGCUUGUUAGUCAAUAAAAAAAGGCUUAACAGUUUUGGAUGGCUUUUGGGGGUUUUGUAAACGGAUAGCAUAUAUUAAUUAAUAGAAGAAGACGUUACUUUGUCAAUCAGUGCUAACCUGUUAUACUUAUUUGCGUAUUUUUGCAUGCAAUUAAUGAUCCCACCCUCCCACCGCAACUAAUAAAUAUAAUAAACCAGCACCAAAAGUUUGUACUUUACAAUAGGAUGAGGUAUAUCUAUGACAGUAGUUUAUGUUGCUUCAGAUACCAUAAGUAGUUAAAAAAUACAGCGAAUUUAAGUUUUCAUACCAAACUGUUAUUGCUCUAUUUCGUUUGUUGUAUAAGCUGGAGCUAUAAACUAAUUACACGCAUUGAUAUACCUCAAGUGAAAAGUUUCAUUAGAAUCCGACACGUAGUUUUAAAAUGAUAACGAAACUUCGUUUGUAUGGGAAGGUGAAAUUCGGCCGAGCUUACUGCGUCCGUCAUUUAAGUUAAAUAUAAAAAAAAAAUUAAUUCAUCCCAAGCAAAAGGCAACUGGAUGGAACUUUCAUAUGGGCCAUCAUUCGACGCGAGAGCUAUAGUUAGUAAAGUUGGUACUAAAUAUCAGUCCUCGUAAGUUUCGAGGGCCAUUCCAGUUUUAACUAUAGUGUCUAGUUUUUUUUUUUAAUUAAAAAUAUUGAGCGUUGCAAUUUUCACCUUUUGUGUAUUCAUGAUUAUAUUAUAGAAUAUUUAUUAUCCAUUAGCAUAUCUAUGAUGUUUAUUUUAGUAAAGAUAUCGAAGCUUCAAUUAAUCACUAUUCCGUUCCGCCGUGUAGCGCCUGACGAUAUAUAACAUGAUUUAAAUCGACCAGUCCACAUCCCUAAAUAGGUAAAUCCCUAAAAAUCCUUGUAUUGAGAACAGACAAUGUGGCCUUGGCAAAAUCGUGUAAUAAGUCUGUGCGCAAAAUGAAUGAUGCAAGGCCCCAACGUUGUCUGUUCUCAAUAAAGAACUGAAUACUCAUGCCGUACCCAUUAUGGUGGUUACACUGUUGUGUAUGUGUGCGUAAAAAUGGUUUUUAGGGAUGUGGACUGGUCCUUUUUAAUCAUGUUAUAAUAUAUAUCGAUAAGCGCUAAACAGCGGAAAAUUUUAGUAAAGGAAAACAUAUUUAAGAAGUUAUUUACGAAUUGUAAUUAAAAAUCCGACCUUUCCCUUCUGACCUGUGUCAACUACGAUAAAGAAUAAAAGCUUUUCUGUUAAUUUUAGAUAUCAUUAAGCCUUUCAAGUACAAUUAUAAUGUUACGAAAUGCCGGCUUUUUUACUUCUUAACGGCAAUUCUUAUAGUGCCGCCCACGACAAACCCUCAUUGUCGAAGACCUAUUUUUAUAAAUUAAUUAUUCAAGUUACUCUAUUAUAAAUAUAAUUAAAUUAUUAUAAUAAUUACAUUGUAUUUAUAAUUUAAUUAUUGCACUACCUACUUAGAAGAAUAAGGAUGUAUAUAAAAGCAUUUCAGGGCAAAAUUAUUGAAUGAGCUUGAGCAUUCCGUAAAUUUAAAUGUUACUUCUUUACACUUUCGUCUUACCGUACUAUGAAAACUCCGAGGCCUGGUUAUAUGCCUCUGGCCAGAUGAUAGGGCCACCCUCUAUACGGGCUAAUAUGACAAACACCAGUUGAUGAUUAUUUCACUAACCUAAGAAUUGUGAUAAAUAGUAUGCUAGGUACUUAAUUAAGAAAGUAAAACUAAUAUAUAUAUAUAUGAAUAGGCUUUACAUGUACUCAAAGUAUAUUACACCCCACCAGGCCUAACAAGCCUAAGUGACAAACGAAAACUCAUUCAAUUGUGGUCAAUACGGUUAAGUGUGGCAGCGGGGUAAGUAAAACCCCCAAUAAACGCUAAUCAAUGUGUGUGUAAACAAGCCCCAGUGUGGCCAGUGUGAAGGCCAUCCACACUUAUCCGUAUUGACCUUACCAUAUUCUUACGCAAUAAAUUCCAAGAUGAACCUGUUUUUACAAUGUUACGUGACUUACGGCAGUUACGCGUGGUGGGGCAGUAUAACGAUUGGCACGUGGCACUAAAUAAAAGUUCUGUGUAUUGAGGCAAUUAACUAUUGUAAGCGGACGUAAAUAGAAGAGAGUAAGUUCAUGGCAUAAAUUUAUGAUAUUGUUCGUUCGGCAAAAGAAGAGUCGUGGAAUAUUGUAUGAGAACCAAUACAUUCCAUGACUCUUCUCUUUCCGCACAGACGUGGGGUUUCCCUGCAAUUUUUUUUUUCACAAUUUCAUGAUUUUCUGCUAGUUUUAAGAAUCUGAAUUUUCAUAUUUUUUUUAAAUAAGAUAUGAUAUUUAUAUACUAUUAACAUACGGAGCAAAUGUAAUGUUACUGUACUCUGGCAAAUCCACUUUGUCGGUAGAAAAAGGCGUAAAAUUAUACUUUUUUUAUGGCAGGACAACCAUUAGUGCCUACAAUAUUUAAAUUACUCAUAGUGUUGUGUUCCUGCCGGUGAGUAAGGUUGCCAGAGCUCAACGAGGGGGGUGGGGUUAGGGUCGGCAACGCGCAUGUAACUCCUCUGGAGUUGCAGGUGUACAUAGGCUACGGAGACUGCUUACCAUCAGGCAGGCCGUAUGCUUGUUUGCCACCGACGUAGUAUAAAAAAUUUACCGCCUUCUUCUACCGACGAAAAUGGCUUGCCAAAUUAUAGAUGUCAAUUUUUAUAUAAAUGAAUUUAUUUGUUGGUCAAUUAUACAUUGCGCAGCAAA